UUUUAGCGUUGAGCGGUCAAAAUUACUACUUGUCUUCGUCCCUCCCUUUAGCCAUGCAACACUCCUCCAUCUCCGACUCUCAAACGACGGCGACGGCAUCGACAACAACGACGACUCUUCUCUGCCAGCUUAGUUUGAAAGAAACUAUCUCUUUAUAAAAACCCUAGCUUUUCUUCUGUGUUUGAAAGUGUGAGAGUGAACUUUCAAAACCUGAGAAUAGACAAGUCCGAAGAUUUACCCAACCAUAUCCGACUCAUAUUCCGUACCAUUUUUCUGUGUCGAGUGGUGAACAGCGAGAGUUUCGUGUGACAUAGGUUUUGGUAAUGGCGAGGUGACUGGUUGGUAAAGAAGCAAAUGCUUGUUUAAAGAUGAGUCUUGUGUCUGAUUCUCCGGUGAAUUCAUCAAGCAGCGAUGACUUUGCUGCACUUCUUGAUGCAGCAUUGGAUUCUGCUUCUUCAUAUUCAUCACCCGGUGAUGAAGCUGAGGAUGACAGCGAUGGUGAAAGUGAGAGUAUAAAGAGGCGUAAAGUGGAGAAUGUGGAAAGCAUGGAGGAACCACAUGCAUCAAUUUCUGAAGUUUCUCUUAAAGAAGUAUUAGAAGAAGAACCCACAAGUCAGAAUCCAUGUACACAUCCUGGUUCUUUUGGAGAUAUGUGUAUACGUUGUGGUCAGAGGUUGGAGCAGGAGUCUGGUGUGACAUUUGGGUACAUUCACAAGGGAUUAAGGCUUAAUAACGAUGAGAUUGUUAGGUUGCGUGGUAAAGAUAUGAAGAAUUUGUUACGCCAUAAAAAACUUCACUUGGUUCUUGAUCUUGAUCAUACAUUGUUAAACUCCACUCUCCUUGUACAUUUGACAUCAGAUGAAGAAUACUUGAAAAGCCAAACAGAUUCAUUGCAAGAUAUCUCAAAUGGCAGCCUCUUCAUGCUGGAGGCUAUGCAUAUGAUGACCAAGUUGAGGCCUUUUGUUCGGACAUUCUUAAAAGAAGCAAGCGAAAUGUAUGAACUGCACAUUUAUACAAUGGGUGAUCGGGCUUAUGCAUUGGCAAUGGCUAAUCUUCUUGACCCUAGAAGAGAGUACUUUGGUGACAGAGUGAUAUCACGGGACGAUGGCACCCAAAAACAUCAGAAAGGUCUUGAUGUUGUGUUGGGUCAGGAAAGUGCGGUUCUGAUCCUUGAUGAUACUGAAAAUGCAUGGACACAGCAUAAGGGAAACUUAAUACUGAUGGAAAGAUAUCAUUUCUUCAGAUCAAGUUGUCAGCAAUUUGGCUUCCAUUGUAAGUCUCUUUCUGAAAUGAAGAGUGAUGAAAGUGAGCUUGAUGGAGCUCUUGCAACUGUUCUCAAAGUUCUUAAGCAAACCCAUAACAUGUUCUUCGAUGAAACCAGUGACGGUUGUACAGGCAAGGAUGUGAGGCAGGUGUUGAAAUCUAUUCGGAAGGAAGUCUUGAAGGAUUGUAAAAUUGUUUUCAGCCGCAUUUUUCCUACUAAAUUCCAGGCUGAGAAUCACCAGCUCUGGAAGAUGGCAGAGCAUUUGGGUGCUACUUGUUUAACAGAACUUGAUCCAUCAGUGACACAUGUGGUUGCAACAGAUGCUGGAACGGAUAAGUCUCGUUGGGCAGUGAAAGAGAUGAAAUUUUUGGUCCAUCCCAGGUGGAUUGAAGCCGCUUAUUAUUUGUGGCAAAAGCAACCAGAAGAGAACUUCUGUGUUAACAUAGUGAAAAACCAAUGAUCAUUCAUUAUCACUGCUGAUAACCCUCUCUAGUUGUGCAUAGUUUCUAGCACUUUUGACUUCUUGCUUUCAGUAUAGACCAAUUCCUCUAUGAACUUACCUACGCAUACUUUGAAGCAUUUGGAUCCACCAUAUCUCCAAAUCAUAUAGCUUAAAUUUGUCCAAUGCAUUUUAAAUUUUGGAUCCUUUAGCUGUUUUGGGAUUUGGAUCCUCAUUCAUUGCUGUAGGAAUGAUUUGCAUUUGGUUCCCACAUAUCAAUAUACAAUAAAUAUAAUGAUGAGUAUAUUAGUAGUAUUGAAAUGAAGUAAUUUCGUUUUAUGUUCCUUA